AUGCAGGGCGUCCACGUCGUGGCCUUUCCGUGCAAUCAGUUUGGCGAGCAGGAGCCGGGCAGCAACGCCGACAUCCGAAAGUUUGCGGAGGACCGGGGCCUGAAAGUGAAUGCUCCCGGCUCCCAGUUCCACCUCUUGGCCAAGGCAGAUAUCAAUGGACCCGAAAAGUCUGCGGCAUGGAGCAAGCUACUGGAAGUGACAAGUUCCAGUCACAAGGCGACACGAUGGAACUUUGCGACAAAGUUCGUCGUGAGAUGCGCCGAAGAUGCGGGUAAGUGCUCUGCCGUCCGUGUGGACGGCUUCGGUGCCAUGGAGACUUUACGACAGCGAGCUCCGGAACUGUUCCCAAAGCAAGGGGAGCUGUAG